AUGGUAAGUUGUAGCAUUUUAGGAUGCAAUAGCAUCAGUCAACGAAAAAUUGAUAAUAUUACCUUUUAUCGAUUUCCUAAAGAAGCAAACAUUAUAAAUAUGUGGAUUUUAGCUGCUGGGAGAACGGAAUGGCAACCUGAGAAGAAUGACCGCAUAUGUUCGAAACAUUUUGAGUCGCGUUAUUUUCGUAAAACGCACAAGAGGACAUAUUUGUUGCCGAAUGCGAUUCCAACACUUUUUAUUCCAGUAAGAAGCAAUAAAUAA